AUGGCGGCCAAUUAUUCAAGUUGGCUGGAGUCCAACAGACCCGAGCCAUCGAGGGGUCUAUACCAGGUUCCUGCUUCCGUCUCUCACGAUGCAAGGAUAGACAGUCUGUCUAUCCAAGUCAAAGAGCUCUCUAAGCUCAUGAAGCAGGAUCUGCGCAACAAAGGAAAACAGGCGCUGCAUGAGGCCGCGGAAUGUGAGGAGAGUGCUUUUGUAGACCAACAAGGUCCGCAGGUUGCUGAGUGCUCAACUGAAGUGGCUCAGAAUCCAGCGGAGGUCUACUAUAUGGCUGGCAGAAAUGCCCCUCAGUUUCAGCAGUUCCAAAAGGGGCAGGCUCAAGGCCCCGCUGGACCGCGUCCUCAACAACAAUUUCAAAGGCCACAACAGUUCGCUGCGCAACAAUAUCAUCAAGGCGGCCCAAGCACCGCUGAGUCUGGAGGAACUCUGGAGGAACACAGAGAUGAAAUUUCACAGAUUCCAGUUGAGGAAGAAGGUCAAUCCCAACCUCGAGCGAUACCAGCCGCUUGGGUGCCUGAACCGAAGGAAAAGGGUCCUACUCAGCCUUUGGCUCUAGCCCCCUUCCCUACACGACUUGGGAAAAAGGACAACUCCAAGGAAUUUGAUAAGUUUAUGCCACAUUACGCUAAGUUUAUCAAGCAUAUAAUCAAUCGAAAGCGGGCAUUCCCUGACGAAGCGGCAGCGGUGCAGCUGGAGAGUGUGUGCAGCGCCGUAUUUAAGAAGGACCUCCCAAAGAAACUCCGUGAUCCUGGGAGUUUUAUUAUUAUUUGUACAAUAGGAAAUUUAGAGCCGAUUAGGGCAUUAUGUGAUCUAGGUGCAAGCAUCAAUCUUAUGCCCUUCUCGCUUUUCUCUAAAUUAGGGCUUUAUGAGUUAGAAGUAUGCAGAACUGUAAUUCAGCUUGCCGAUAAAUUAAUAAGAUUACCUAAAGGAAUUAUUCAUGAUGUACUCGUGCAAGUAAACAAAUUUAUUUUCCCUACAGAUUUCAUUAUAAUGGAAAUAAGCGAAGAUCGUGAAAUUCCAAUUAUUUUAGGGAGACCUUUCCUGGCCACUACUCAAGCUACGAUAAACGUUGACAAAGGCGAAAUUUCAUUAAGCUUUGGUGGCGAUAAAGUCACCUUUUCUAUGAACUCAGCAUUGAGUCAACCUCAGGAAGAAAAUUGUGACUUUAUCAAUGAGUUAAAUGAAUUAACAACUUUUGAGAGCUAUAUAACACUUGAGAAUUUGGAAGCAAUUUUAGAUAACGGGUCGCUUGAGCUGGAAGAUGAAGAGGAUUUAGGUGAGGCAAGCGAUGAGAUACUAGCGCUCACUGAAUCCAUUGAACGAGCUACGAGGGAACCAGAAAGCGACACCAACAUAAAGGACGAGCUGAAGAAAUUACCUGAGCACCUCAAAUACAUAUUCCUUGGCCUAGAAGAGAGUUACCCGCUGAUAAUCUCCGCCUCACUGUUGCUGGACCAAGAGGCUCAGCUCGUCUCACUGCUCAAAAGAAGAAAAACGGCGUUUGCAUGA